AUGACCGAUACCAAGUGGACAGAUCUUUCCACCAUGAACCCGGAGUUCAAAGCUGUACGUCCUCUCACCAUCCGCGCCUCCCAUCAAGCAUGCAACUCCCGUCAACACAUCGUUACACCCCGCCGUGCCUCUCCAUCACCCUCAUCUCCCGGUCCCUUCCUCCCUUUCCUUCCUACAACUAACUCAAAAACCCAGUACGUCGACGCCGGCGGGCCAAUACCCUCCCUCUCCGCCUUUGGCGCCGACAUGCCCGCCCUCCGCGCCGCCCUCCUCUCUGCCCCGAAGCCGCUCAUCCCGGGUGUCAACAUCCCAGAAAGCAUGGACGGGGUCGAAAAGACCCGCAUCAGCAUCCCCGUCCGCGACGGCGCGAGUAUCGGAGCCGCAGUGUACCGACCAACGAGCGGUACCGGAAAGGGCCGGCCCCUCGUAGUGGCAUUGCACGGGGGCGGGUGGUGCGUAGGCGCACCCGAGUUCGAAGAAGUCAACUGCGUGCACGCCGUCCAAAAGCACGGCGCCGUCGCCGUCAGCCUCGACUACCGGCUCGCGCCCGAGCACCCCUUCCCGACGCCCGUCCACGACUGCUGGGACGCGCUCCGGUGGCUCGCGGCCAACGCUUCCCCUUCCUCCCCGCACGUCGUCGCCGCCGACCCCGCCGGCGGCAACAUGGCCGUCGUCCUGGCGCUGCUGGCGCGCGACGAGAAGCUCGCCCCGCCGUUGACCGGCGUGUCUGCUAGCAUCCCGGCCGUCGUGCUUCCGGGUGGCGGCGAGCCUGGCGAGGCGAACUGCUUGCCGGAGAAGUACAGGGCGGAUUAUCGGAGCUACGAGCAGAAUAAGAAAGCGCCGGGGCUGGAUGUGGAGGGGGUGGGGUUUUUGCUUGGGAAUUACAACCCCGAUCGCUCGUCGCAUCUGUUCGCGCCGUUAAAUUGGCCCACGGGGCAUAAGGGGUUGCCGCCUUUUUUCAUCCAGGUCUGCGGGCUGGAUAUGCUGCGCGAUGAGGCGUUGAUAUAUGAGAGGUUGUUGAGGACCGAGUGCGGUGUCAAGACGAGACUGGUCGUGUAUCCGGGCUUGCCGCAUUCGUUUUGGAGCUUCUAUCCGCAGUUGGAGGUGUCGAGGAAGGCGGUGGGGGAGGUUGUGGAGGGGUUUGGGUGGUUGUUGGGGAAGAAGUAG